AUGGAGUGGACGAAGGGGUGGCCGGGAUUGCCUGAGCAAUGGCCGUUGCCCAAGGUCUAUCCAAUCAAGCUCGGAAGCAAACCAUCCAACGAGCAGCCAACACAGGCAUACCAAUACGUGCCUCUGGACACAGUGGCCGACGAAACCCGCAUGAUCGUGAUCGACCCAAGUGAGAACAAACAAGCCCCCUUAGUGCUCCAUUUGGCGCACAGUCCGCUGGCUUCUGACGUGGCCUAUCACGCGUUGUCGUACACUUGGGGAGACACCCAAGAUAGCGUCGAGGUCACUGUGAUGGGCCAACUGAUGCGCAUUCGAAAGAACCUGGAACGCGCCCUCCGUCGACUGCGGCGGUCUUCGUCAUAUGCUUGCACCGUGUGGGCAGACGCUAUUUGCAUCAAUCAAUCUGACACGAGUGAAAAAAUCCACCAGAUUCCUCGGAUCGCCACCGUUUAUGACCAGGCUGCCUGCGUUGUCUGUGACGUGGGCGAGGAAGACCGGUACAGCGAGCUUGCCCUGAACUUUGUCGAGCAUCUCCAGGAACCCGUCAUUCGCAUGGACACAGACUACGAGUUCAUCGUCGGAAAGCCAGAUCGGAUCGACCCAGGCGAUAUCCCUCGAUUCUGCGCGGCCUUGUACAUGUUCCUGAUGCGCCCUUAUUUUCGGAGAGCAUGGGUUAUCCAGGAGGUGGCCUUGGCUUCGAACCCGGUGAUUGUCUGUGGGAUGCGAAACGGCACCCCCUUUGAAGCCCUCGAGAAGGCCGCAACCAAUCUGAGCGACAUGAUAUCACAGGACCUGGACCUCGUCAAGAAGAUGAAGGAUUCUACGCCUGAUUUGCAGAGCGUUGGCCCGGGCCAGCUGCUUUUCAUUCGCAAGCUCGUAUUUUUUCGCCAGCUCCACAUGGGCAGGAAUCGCAAUGGAUUCAUCAUGCACGAUAUCAGAAACACGGCGCCUGGAUACCUGGAGGCUGCAAUCCUAGCUCGAGAUUUCGAAGCAGCCGUCCCGCACGACAAAUUGUUCGCGUUAUGGAACGUGGCACGCGACAGGGCUGGCUUAGACUAUGUUGCGGACUAG